GUCUUCACAACCGCUCAGAAGUUGAAAUAAAGUUAGGACUUAUCGGAGGAGUGUUACAUGUUCCACCAUCAGUAACACAACAGAACGGAAAUGACAACGGUGCUCCAAAAUGGAUCCCGGGUGCCACCACACUGCAAGGCGAGAGCGAACAGAUCUUUGCCGAGGGCACUCGGUCUGAUGAUUUCGUACCAGACCAAGAGAAAUCCACCACUUUAUAUUUAAGGCUGGUGGCCAGGGCUGACGAUAACCCACCAGUAUCAAAUGAAGAUCAAUGCACCCCGUUAGCAAGAGAAACUCUCAUUCCACCUCCUGUGGGAAACCUAGCAAAGAAGAAUAGUAAUAGUACAUUCGAACUUGCAUCUCUAGCAAAACGCCCAAAGUUUUCAUGA